GCGGAGCUCUAGGCGGGGACACCCCCGCAUUGGACGUCCCCAAACCUCCGUGCACCUGGCUCAACCGGAGUCCCCGGUGUCGGGGCAGGGCAGGGCCGCCGGCGGCGAGCCGGAGCCAGCCCAGCGCCCUGGCCCCGCCGAACCCUCGGAGCCCACCCAUGGGGCUCCGGCUCCGCGUACCUCUUCGCCGGGCCGUACUCAGCCCAGCUCCGAGCGCUGCGCGCAGGAGGAUCCGUACUCAGUGACCCUGGAACCCCCGCAGACGCCGGGAGACUCGGGGGCGGGAGCGGCAGGCGGUUCCCCGCAUCUCCAGGAGCUUUCAGGCAGCCCUCCAAGCCGUGCUCGGGGCCCGGCCCGCUGUUCCCAGCCCCGAGCCAUGAUGAAGACCUUGUCCAGUGGGAACUGCACGCUCAGUGUGCCUGCCAAGAACUCCUACCGAAUGGUGGUGCUGGGCGCCUCGCGUGUGGGCAAGAGCUCCAUCGUUUCCCGAUUUCUCAAUGGCCGCUUCGAGGACCAGUACACGCCCACCAUCGAGGAUUUUCAUCGGAAGGUGUACAACAUCCACGGGGACAUGUACCAACUGGACAUCCUGGACACCUCUGGCAACCACCCAUUCCCUGCCAUGCGCAGGCUGUCCAUCCUCACCGGAGAUGUCUUCAUCCUGGUGUUCAGCCUGGAUAGCCGGGAGUCCUUCGAUGAGGUCAAGCGCCUCCAGAAGCAGAUCCUGGAGGUCAAGUCCUGCCUGAAGAAUAAGACCAAGGAGGCAGCAGAGCUGCCCAUGGUGAUCUGUGGGAACAAGAAUGACCACAGUGAGCUAUGCCGCCAGGUCACAGCCAUGGAGGCCGAGCUGCUGGUGUCUGGGGAUGAAAACUGCGCCUACUUCGAGGUGUCGGCCAAGAAGAACACGAACGUGAACGAGAUGUUCUAUGUGCUGUUCAGCAUGGCCAAGCUGCCCCACGAGAUGAGCCCCGCACUGCACCAUAAGAUCUCCGUGCAGUAUGGUGACGCCUUCCAUCCCCGGCCCUUCUGCAUGCGCCGCACCAAGGUCGCAGGUGCCUAUGGCAUGGUCUCACCCUUUGCCCGCCGCCCCAGUGUCAACAGUGACCUCAAGUAUAUCAAGGCCAAGGUCUUACGGGAGGGCCAGGCCCGAGAGAGGGACAAAUGCAGCAUCCAGUGAGAGGCAGGGACAUUGGGGAGGGGACUUGGGCAGUGCCUUAAGGGAGGUGGCUGAGGAUUCCCACUGCCCACAUCCCACGGGGGCCCUAGGCAUGUAAGCUGUGCUUGCUCUCCUGAUUCCUAGCCACCUCCUGUGAGUCCUUAUGUCUGUGGCUCCUUUGUGGUAGGACAGAGACACGUUUGGGGACAUGUCAGCACUCAAGCUGAGACAAGCUUUCAGUAUCAUUAGAGUAGGAGGAAUGCAGAAGGACCACGAGUCUUGCGUCAACACAAGAUGCUCAGUACAAGUUACAGGAUGAGAACAUCCUAGCCAGAUGUCCCAGCCAGAUUCCCUGGUGGCCUCUGCUCCCUCUGCGUGGUCUCUAUGCUUCUGGAGAAACUGCCCUCCUGGGUCUUCAACUCCUGCCCUCUGGCCCAGCUGUGUACACCCACCCCUCCAGUUUAGCUGCUGGCCACCCUGACAUUGAGCAGAGGGAGAGGGAGAGGGAGAGGGAGAGGGAGAGGGAGAGGGAGAGAGAGUGAGUGUGUGUGUGUGUGUGUGUGUGUGUGUGUGUGUGUGUGUGUGUAUGUGUGUAUGAG